AUGUUUAUUACUGUAUUGCUAUCAUUUAUAUUUAUUGUACUAUUGUACAAUUAUUGUGUUUAUUACGGAAAAAAGAGACAACUUAUUAACCUUAUACCAGGACCACCAUGUUAUCCGAUUGUUGGAAACACACUACAAUUAUUGGGUUCACGAGAGGAACAACUUAAGAAACUAUUUAACUUUUUCGAACAGUACUAUCCCAUCUGCAAAAUUUGGAUAACCUCUUUGGUCGUCGUAACUAUUCGUCAUCCAGAUGAUAUAGAAAUAAUAUUAAACCGUAAGAAACAUAUCGAAAAGAGUGUUAUUUAUGAUAUUGGAAAACCUUGGGUCGGUAAUGGUCUAGCCACUAGCGAAGCCGCCAAGUGGCAUUUACGGCGAAAGAUAUUAACUCCUACAUUUCAUGUCAAAAUAUUGCAGCAGUUUGUCCAGAUUCUGAUCGAUGAAGGUGAAAACAUGACAAAUUCAUUGAGAAGUACAGGAGAUACUACAGUUGUAAAUGACUUAAUAUCGUUUGUCAAUGAAUAUACGCUGAAUGCAAUAUGUGAAACUGCCAUGGGUAUUUCUUUAAAAGAUCUCGGAGCGUUUCAAGAACAGUACCAAAAAGCAGUUCACCGAAUGACUGAACUUUUAACUUAUAGAUUUUUUAGGCCAUGGCUGCAUUACGAUUGGAUAUUCUCAUUGACGCCAACAGGUAGAGAGCAAACGAAGAUUCUGAAGAUACUACACGGAUUUACUGAACGAAUUAUUGCUGAAAGAAGACUUUAUCAUGAACGGACCAAUGGUCAAUACUUAGAAGGCUUUGGUAAUGAUCUACCAGCAGACAGAGAUGACGCCGAAAGUACUGGAACACAAAAAAAGCGGCUUGCAAUGUUGGACCUUCUAAUAGCAGCAUCUCGUGAGGGUCUUAUAACUGAUUUAGACAUUAGGGAGGAAGUUGAUACUUUUGUAUUUGCGGCUCAUGAUACUACAGCAAAGGCUAUAUGUUUUAUUUUGUUGUUAUUAGCGGAGCAUAAGAGCAUUCAGGAUCGUGUCAGAAAUGAAAUCGAUACUGCUAUGCUAGAGAAUGGGGAGAAAUGUUCUAUGAAAUUAUUGCAACAACUAUCAUAUUUAGAUAGAUGCAUAAAGGAAGCUUUACGUCUAUAUCCUAGUGGAUUUAUUAUAUCACGUGUUUCUGGAGAAGAUGUAAAAUUACAAUCAUAUGUAAUACCUGCUGGAACAAUCAUGGGUAUUUAUAUUUACGGUGUUCAUAUAGAUCCCAAUUUUUGGCCAAAUCCAGAGGUAUUUGAUCCUGAUAGAUUUUUACUUGAGAAUAUGCGAAAUCGUCACCCUUAUUCGUAUAUACCAUUCAGUGCUGGACCACGCAAUUGCAUCGGUCAACGAUUUGCUAUGUUGGAGAUGAAGGCGAUGGUAGCUUCUUUGAUACAUAAUUUUUACUUGGAGCCUAUUGAUUAUUUAAAAGAUCUUAAGAUGCAAGCUGAUAUUACACUUUGUCCUACUCAUCCACUUCGUAUAAGAUUUAUUCCUGUUUGCAAAAUUAAUGCAUGA